AUGGACAAUAGGCCGGCGCUACAGCCGCGUGAAGUGAAGUUUAGCGAUCUUGUACCAUCAGGUGGUAAGCAUGGGAGUGCGACGCCUAUCAAGGGGGAACGUCGCUGGUUUCGCCCAGCACCGCAGAAGUUCACCACGCACGCCGCAAAACCAGCCAAAGUGUCGCAUGCUGAUGGCUUGGAAGGUGAGAGUGAUCAAGAUGAGGAGCGGAGGCGUAGUCGAGUAAGGGCUCUGCAUGAAGCGAAGGUAGUAAAGUUAAACAAGGCAAAGGCAUUGUCAAAGUUGAAUGUGCAACCAGAUACCCAAUCGACCCCUAUUGAAAUAUCUGGAAACGCUGUGUUAGUGGAAAACGGGAGCUUUAACGCUGUUUGUGCUCUCUCUGUACUGAAGGACUGUGUAGCCCAUGAGCGACAAUUGAAGGAAGAACUCGCGCGCACUAAUGUCGCCAAGACGCAAGCAUUUCGUACUGUAAUAAGUACUUACUUGGCCUCAGUUACUCAAGCGAAUAAACCGAUGCCGGGGCGUCGCAAAAUGACGUCAGAGUUAGCAUUGGCUCAGUGUGCAGUGGUUGCUCAAACUCUUGUUGUAACGAUCCAAAGUUACGUUCGGGCCUUGGAGUCGCGAAUGCAUGUUGUUUCCCGUUUCUGUCGCCGGCAGAACACGCUGGAGAGAUUUCAGUGCACCAGUCCAUCCACGCAGUCGUGGCAGGCGAAAGGUGGUGAAAGUGAUUUAGAGCACUCCCUCUCGAAAACCACAGCCUCUCACCAGGACCUCCUCGACGAGGGGGAAAUCAACCGUCUCAAGCAGUUAUACUUCGAUUAUUACGACUGUGACGUGUAUGUUGUUCCAGGUGGACGACCAGAGAGUCGUAUUCCACCGGACGCCCUUUUGCUAGACUCUCUUAGCGGGUAUGGCUCGUUUGUGCUUGAGAGUGACGAUGCAGAUAAAAGUUCCUUUUUCUCAUCAUCCAGUGCGUGUGACAAGUCCAAAGCCGAGGCCGGGAAGGAGGAAGAUCAACCUCCAACGGCUUGA